GUGAACUAUUAAUUUUACCUCAACGAAAAUAAAAAUUUAUUUAAGCAGAAAGUGGUUUAGCGGACACAUCUCACGGGCACAGACAACUCACGCGCACCCAUCAACAGUAGUCUAAAAUUCAAAUGUGAAUUUCUUAUCGAUGGACUUUGAAAAGCUUAUUUUGCGCUAUUAUUGAACCUGUGUUAUGUGAUAAUGUGUUGGAAAACCAAAUAUUUUUUUUUAGUUUUUAAUACGUGAUUAACUGUGCUUGAAUAAGCCACGAGCGGCUUAAAGUGCUUGUCCAAUUUUUGAGUUAAAAAAAAAGAGAAAAGGGUAAAAUAAAACUGUAGUUUAAGAAUGACUUGUACUGUUCUGUGAAUAGUGACUUUCCGGGAACCGUGUCACUACGUCACAGAAAAUGGCGCCCGAACAGGGACUUUUUGAACUUAACGCUUGGAACUUUGGGAACCUGAAACAAUGUGUAAAUGUUGUUGUUGUUUUAUACAAAUGUUCUUUUGUUUGUUACUGCCCUUAAUGAAUUCAACGUACUGACAGCAAAGUGUUACCAGGUAAUCUUGUGAACUAUAAGUGCACAAAAAUAUUGUUGAAGCUUUGAUAUUUAUCAUCAGCAUAGCAGUGAAAGCAAACACCAUGUCUCCUGAUAAUAUCUUCCAGAGGUAACCUGUAUACGUUGAAAAGUAACGGUCCUAGCACUGAGCCUUGAGGAACUCCAUAUUUCACUUGUGAGCAGUGUGAUACCUCCUCAAAGCUACAAACUGAUAGUGGUCAGAUAGAUAUGAUUUGAACCAUGCUAAGGUGCUUCCUCUAAUGCCAACAUAGUUUUCUAGUCUAUCCUAGAGAAUGUUGUGAUCGGUAGUAUCGAAUGCUGCACUAAUAACGAGAUAAAACCACAAUCCGAUGCAGGUCAUUAGUAACUUUAAUGAGAGCAGUCUUAGUACUAUGGUACAGUCUUAAUUCUGAUUGAAAAUCCUCACAGAUACAUUUUUUUUCUUUUUUUCUAAAAAUGAAUUUAGUUGUGAGAAUACUACCUUUUCUAGUAUCCUUGACAGUAAAUUACAGACCAGAUCUCUAAUCUCCCUUUUCUAAGUCUUUGGGUUCAAGAUGUGGUUUCUUAAUAAGAGGCUUAACUACAGCCAGUUUUGAAGGUUUUGGGAACAUAUCCUAAUGACAAUUAAUAAUGAGGAUAUUAUAAACUGCAGCAACACCUACCUCCCCCUUUACCUUUUAAACGUGGCUCAUUUUUAUAGCAGUAAUUUUGGGGGGUAGAUUAAUGUAUUCAUCUGGUUUUAGCCAGGUUUUGGUCAAACAGAGCAAAUCUAGGUUCUGAUCUUUGGUCAAAUCAUUUAUAUGAAGUGUUUUAGUGGAAAGGGAUCUAAUAUUCAGCAAGCCAAGUUUUAUCAUUUGCUUUAUAGGUAGUUUUUAUUUGUUGAACAUUAAAUUAUUGCUUUUAAGUCGUUUUGGACGUUCUCUUUGUAUUCUAAUUCGGGGAACAGGCACAAUCUCUAUAGUGUGAUAUCUAGGUGAAAGAGUCUCUGUGUCUUCUUCCAUAUUUUCUCCUGUGAAUGCUGUUGCUGUCAAGAGUGACCAUCUCAAACUAACCUUUCCUACUUUUGGAAGACCAUCAGAUGAUUCUGAUCCUCUGCUGUGUGUAACUAAGUGUAAGGAUUGUGUCCUUACUUACCCACUGUCUGAUCCUGAAAUUCUAGCUUCCUUUAGAACAGUCCUGCAUGGCACUGCCCGUGAUUGGUGGGAAGUAGCCAGAACUAUGAUCAAUACUUUGAGUCUUCAUUCCUCACUGCUUUUCUUUCUGAAGACUGAGGAUGAACUAGCCAAACGAUUCGGAAUCAGAACUCAAGGUGAAAAAGAAUCUGUAAGAGACUUUGCCUUUAGUUAUAGAGCACUUUGUAAAAGAUGGAAACCUACCCUAACGGAUCCAGAAUUAGUCAAAAUGAUCCUGAAAAACGUAAAGCCUUACUUGGCUGGCCAACUGCGUGGUCGGGUGUCCACGGUGGAAGAAUUGGUACGACUGGGACAACUGCUUGAGAAGGAUCAUCUACAACAGUUGCAGUAUGAUUACCGGUUGAGCCUAAAGCAUAACCAAUCUGCGUUUAAAGGUCCCAAUGUUAUCAGACUUGCAGAAAAACCCCAAGUUCAAUGCUGGAAGUGUAAAGGCCAUCAUUUUCCUGGUAAUUGCCCACAGUUUACCUUGAUCUCACUGUCCGUUUCACCACGAUCCCCCAACAUGCUACUAAAAUGCAACCAACCUUUCCUUUGAAAUCCAGAGGUAGACCCACUAACAACUACUGAAACAUUAUAUGAGAAAACAAACUCCACAUAUGGUUUGAAAUCAAUUAAUUGCACCAGUCAGCAUUGGUACCGGUAAAGCCAUCGUUGACACAGGGGCAAGUUAUACCCUAAUUCAUGAAUGCUUAUAGAGAGACUUUGAUCUCUCAGAACCAAACCUUAGACGUUGGACUCUUGGACCAUUAUAUCUGACCAAUGGAAAGGCUGAAGGACCUCUGGGUUGGUUGAAUGUUUCGCAUUACAUGAUCAAAUUUGGCCCUUACCUGUUGCUGUACUGACAACUAAAGCUCUUGCUUAUGGUAUUGUUUUAGGUCUAGACUUUUUUUGUGAAAUGCAAAUAAAGAUGUCUGAGGCAAAGCAUUCAUUUACCUCUGACACUGAUGUGGAUUACUUCUUUCAGCCUGGUCAUGCCAGUGUGCCAACACCAUUAAAGAUUCAGUGUCCCCAAAAUGGAAGCACUGUACAUCAGUCCACCCUAAGUAUUUCCUUAAGUUCUGUCCCACUUUUAGUGUUACCGUUAUCCUUAUCCUUAUCCUUAGACAAUAGUGAAAGAGAGGAUGAUGCAACAUUCAUCAAUCAAGCAGUGGUAGUUUAAGAAUGACUUGUAGUGUUCUGUGAAUUAUGACUUUCUAGGAACAGUGUCACUAGGUCACAGCAUGGAGACUCUUGAUGCACUGACUCCAGCUUUAUUCACUCCUUGUGAAGCUGCUUGUGAUUUAUUCUUAAACUUGCGGUCAUCCCUGUUACUGAACACCUUUUCCUACCCAAUUUCUUCCUUCCAGUAAACUUUGCAUUUAAUAUGCUUAGAUACAGCACUCUGUGAACAGCCAGUCCUUUCAGAGAUGACCGUUUGUGAUUUAACCUCUUUGUGGAUGGUGUGAGUGAUUGUCUACUGAUCCAUUGCCGAGUCAUCCGUCUCCCUCAUUAUUGUUGCAUCAAAGAACAAGAGAUACAUGGAACUUCUAUUGUAGAGAUGGUAAUUUUAAUGACUUAAAUAUAAAUGUUCUAAUAUUUUGAGAUGCUGGAUUUGAAAGCUGUAAACUAUCAAAAUUAAAACAAGUCACAUGUUUUACUUUACAAGUAAUGAAUCUAAAAUAUGAAAGUUUUACUUUUUUUACAUUUUUGAGAUGUACCUGUAUAUCCAAUGAUUCAGUUUCAGUGUGUUUCAAAUCAUGAUAAUGUUCCUAUUAAUAGGCAUAUUUUAUGCUAAGUAAACAAACCCACAUUAGGUCAGCAAUAGGCUGCUACACUUUAAAAAAAAGGUUACAGGACAAAAGGAUUCAUCGCUGAUAACAGAUUGUUGUGGCAGGCAUGUUUUAUUUAACCUAAUAUGCAACAUACAAUAGGGUGACCAUAAGGUCCAUUUUCCCAGAAUGGGUCCUGGCCAGGAUUUCUAUAUUGCUUAAAAUAUAAUUUUGUUUGCUUUAUGGAUUUCAACCUGACGUUUUUAAUUUUCUUCAUCAGAGCAGAUCUGAAGAAAAGUAGCGUUAGCCACUUGCUCACCAUAGGAUCCUCUGCAAUGAAUAGGUGCUGUCAGAAUGGUAAUCCACCAUUAAUCCACAAAAUUAACCUGUCCAAAAUUAACAUGUCAUACACAUGCAAUACUUUUGUGGCAGGUUAACGUGACAAAUUGCCUUAUAUAAAGUAUUGCAACUGAAGCAGUGUACUGGGACUUUUUAACAAAAAAUAACAAAAUAGGCAUGUGCACAAAUACAGAAAUUGACAUUAAAUCCACUGUGAAAAAUCAACGGAAUAAAAGCAUGACAACCACCCCAGUCUUGUGGCCCCCUUCAGCUGCUCAAACAUAUCAUAUGACUACCACUAUACGGAUAAAAAAAAAAACGCAUUUACAAGUUAAGGACAAACAGAUUAUGUAGAAAAUUAAGGGCAACUAAUGAUAAAUGCAUGACACAAUGUUUUUUAAAAAAUGUUUAAUGUACAUAACUUUGCACAAGCCAUGUUGACAUUUCAAAAGCCACAUAUAUGCAGCCAUUGUGAAAUAAUCAUCCAGCAUUUCCAGACCACAAUGUCUUCAGGUUUUAUGAAAAGCUCAAUUAAAUCUGCAAAGCAUUUACUUUGUGGUUAAAGCCAAGGCAGGGCUUGUAACAUCGCAUCUCUGGAAGAUUGUUUACUGAGUACUGCAGUGAAGAAAAAUACAUUCACGUAGAAAGAUCAGUAGAAGUGAGUUAAGAAACGGAGAUCAAGAAAAAAGAUGACACCAGCCUACAUUUUGCUGCUCUUUCAGUGCUGCUGUGUCUCGGGGCAGCUUGUAUUAAGAUAUAACUUCAGUCCUCUGGCUAACCUGGCACUGAAGGUUUCUGUUGAUGAAGUCAACAGGCAGUCCAACAGUUUCAACCUUCACAGGCCAACCAACAGUGUCGUCCAACAGAUCACACUGGGACGUGAUAACAGAUAUGAUAUCCUGCUUGAUUUUGGAACAAAGGAGACAGUCUGUCUGAAAUAUACCAGAAGCCCUUACAGGAACGGUUGCCGUUUCAAACAGGGACAUCUUGCGUCAAAGAAAUCGUGCUCCAGUCUUGUGCGUGUUGGCAGCACAUCUGUAGCUCCUCUGAGCAUCAGUUGUACGGCUGAAACAGCUGCUUUUGGGUCCAGCUCAGAGUCCAGCAGCGAAGAGAUCAUUAUCCAACAGACAGGACGGGUUCCUCUGGGAUUUUUGUCUUCAGGAGUCGUUCUGUGUCAAGGAAAGUUUAACUGUUCUAGAUUACUACUGUGAUUUCAUAAAAUUUAAAAUAGACGGACCUAAAAUAGACUUUCAUAUCAAACUUUACAUUAGACUGUUCUGCCUUUAACAGUGUAAUAGCCUUAAUCCCUUGAGCAACGUUCAACCAAUGGCACAUUCUUUUACAAUUUAAUCAGGCAUAUAAACGUGUGAAACACAUUUGUAGCUAGCUAUAUUUGUAGAACAUUAUGCAUGUAUUAUACAGAAUGUAUUGUCCGUAGUGGACUAACAUUAUUCACUGUAAAUCAGAUAACAAUCAGCAUAAGAAGCUUUUAAUUGUAUGAUGAUAAUGAACCAUCAAAAUAACAAGAACUUGGACAACAUUCUGUGUGAUUUACACAUUUAUAUUGUUCAGUUUAAAUGUAACAGACAUUUACUUCCCCAUUUAUUUAACUAAAGGUUCCUGACUUUAAGAAGCAGCAUUAGCUCUGUACUCCUCCCUGUAAAGAGAUCUCUCUGUUCCUACAUUUCAUUGCUCAGCCUUUCAAACUGAAAGUCUUGUGGAGAUGCAAAACCAACAGGUACGUUUUCUCGACCUACGCAUUCAAGUUUGUUAGAAGGAUGACAAUGAUAGUAGGCACACAGUGAAUUUUUUGCAUUGUAAGUCAAGUAAACUUGACAUGACACCUUUUAUUUUGUGGCUAUGGUCCUAAAACCCUACAAAGUGUUCAAUCUUAGGCAACCAUACUAUGGAAGCAUGCAUGCUAGAUUAACGUCAGUACAUUGUGGCAUUGCCAUGACAUGAGAAAUAGAUGAUCCAGAUAUGUGACACACUUCAAUACAGCACUGAGUAUAGACAGAGGUCAAAAAAAGAGAACGACAUCACUUCCUAGUGUGUGUUUCACUCAUGCAGAGCUAACGCACAUUGAUAAAGUCAGGAACUGCAGCUGUAUGUACAGAUAGAUAGCAAAUGUAACCAACAUAAACAGACAUCACAUCCCAUCCACAGGCCAGAUACACGCUGAGAUGUACUCGAGCGGCAACAGGCUCAUUUUCAUCUAACAUUUGGACAUCUUCAUGAAAAGUAAGGGUCCACAGCGACACAACAUAACAGAUUCAUCAAUAACAAUGGUAGCUGUUUUUUUCUUUCUUGACAUUUUAAGUGGAAGUUUCUAAACCAUUUAAAUUAAAUGUGGAAAGUUUGGUAGAAUACUUCAUUUAGAAUGUAUGCUACACAGGUGUAGUUCCCACACUGGGAUUUGCACAUCUAAUGACAAGCAAGGGAGGCACUAUCACCCAGCCCCUCGCUGUUUUUCUGAGAGUGGAUCAACCAAAUCACUCAGACGAAAUGCGCGCACGCACACACAAGCAUCGGUUCAACAACCCUGAUUUUCUAUUCACGUUUAACGUUUACAGUCAAGGGUUUCAAAACUAAACUUUAAAAUAAGAAUAUAUUUCAGGUAUUAAAUAAUUUCAUAUAAAAAAGUACAAGUUCCCCUCCCACCCCACUGUUCCACAUAUAUAUUUUAUCAUACAUAUACAUUAUCCCCUUUCCUCACAGCAGUGUCCAUGCAGUACCUAUAAUAACAAUGUCAGUCUCUUUUUCUCAGUUUUUUUUUUUUUUGUAUAUCUGCUACACUUAAUAGCAAAGCAGCACAAACACGCAGAGAAGCUUAUGUAUAGAUGGUUUGGCUUUUUCUUAUUGUGGUUAUAAUCUGGGGUUAAAAUGAGUUGUAUUUUAAUGCAGACGUUUCAGCUGUUGAAGAUAAACA